AUGAAGUGUCGUAUAAAAAUACUUUUCCUGUUCUUGAGCCAUGUUCUCACCACAUUUGCCGCACAUGUCAGACGGGAACUCACUCUGACCUGGGAAGAAGGUGCUCCCAAUGGCCAGAGUCGCCAUAUGAUCAAGACAAAUGGACAAUUUCCCUCUCCUGAAUUAAUUUUUGAUGAGGGUGAUGAUGUGGAAAUCGUCGUUCAUAAUAAGAUGCACGAGAAUACCACCAUCCAUUGGCACGGGAUUCUGAUGCAAGAUACCCCCUGGUCAGAUGGAGUGCCAGGUUUGAGUCAAAAGCCUAUUGAGCCUGGCGAGAGCUAUGUCUAUCGUUUCACUGCGUAUCCUCCCGGGCAAUAUUGGUACCAUUCCCACUCCCGAGCUACUUUGUUAGACGGUCUCUAUGGGGCGCUAUUUAUUCGACGGAAGCCAGGAACCCCAGGACCGUGGGCAAUGAUCAACGAGGACCCAGUCGAGAUCCAAGCUAUGGCACGCGCUGCCAAUGAUCCUCGGAUUAUCCUUCUAUCAGAUUGGGAUUAUUACACGUCUGAACAAUACAAAGAGGCUGAUGCAAAUAGCCAUCUCCAGAUAUUCUGUGUCGAUAGUAUUUUGAUCAAUGGAAAGGGGAGCUUGUAUUGCCCUGGUCAUCAGUGGCUCAUUGACAAGCAAAUUCCGUUCAUGCACAAAAGUUGGCCAAACGAUACUAUUACCGACAAGGGUUGCUUCCCAUUCGUCCCUUCCACCGAAGGUCCCUGGCUUAAGGAUGGCAAUGUCUCGGCCAUUCCUCCGGGUUUACAAGAGGGCUGUAAUCCCCACACCGGUCCCACGGAGAUCAUCGAGGUCGACGCAAAGGAUCGAUGGGUCAGUGUCAACUGGAUUGGCGGCUCGACCUUCAAAACUCUGCAGCCCACGAUAGACGAACACGAAAUGUGGAUCUACGAGGUUGAUGGCCACUACAUCGAACCGCGCCGGGCAGAUACCUUCCUGAUCUGGGCCGGGGAGCGAUACUCGGCUCUGAUUCGACUCGACAAAAAGCCAAUGGACUACUCCAUUCGCGUGCCUGACGGUGGCUACUCUCAAAUGAUCGCAGGCUUUGGUAUCUUACGAUACAAGAACGGGGACCUGGAGGCUCACCGUCCUCCCGAUCGGUUCGGGGUCACAACAACCUCGCAGCCGUACUUUGGCUACAACGCCUGGCCAACACGCGAAGGUAUCGUCUUUCUGGACAAAUUAGAUCUGCCACCCUGGCCGCCCAAGGUUCCUUUCACCGGCGAUGGCGACGCAAUGCACGUCCUCUUCCUAGGCAAAGCCAACUCGACCUGGGAAUUCACUUUAGGUGGCAAGAAGAAGUACCCCUCCGACCGGGCUGCGUACCGCCCUCUAUUGUACAACGUCAACAGCCCCGAGGCCCGCGAUGACGAUUUGAUCAUUCGCACUCAGAACGGUACCUGGCAGGAUAUCGUCCUCCAGGUGGGCCACUCGCCCCUUUGGCCAGUUGACUUCCCACAUGCCGUGCACAAGCAUGCGAAUAAGUUCUGGCGGCUGGGUUCUGGCCAGGGAAUCUGGAACUACUCCUCCGUCAGCGAGGCCAUGGCCGAUAAUCCGGAAAACUUUAAUCUGGUCAAUCCACCCUACCGUGAUACAUUCCUCACUGAGUUCACAGGAGCGAUGUGGGUGGUCCUUCGAUAUCAGGUAACUUCUCCGGGGGCCUGGCUGCUCCACUGUCACUUUGAGAUGCAUCUCGAGAACGGCAUGGCCAUGGCCAUUCUAGAUGGGGUAGACAAAUGGCCCGAAGUUCCGGAAGAGUAUACCUUAGACUCCCAUGGAUUCCAUCAGGAAGAGAAGAAGCCCGAGCAGCAGAGCAUUUUCUUCCGGGUCUUUGAUCAACUCUUCUGGCAGUUUCCUGGGUGGCUGUUUACUCAUGUGGAGAAAGGAGCCACAAUCAGCGAUCAACUAUGGCCCAUUGAGAUCUGGUCCUAUGCCCGUCAGGUCCCCGGGUGGGUCGACUCGGACGCUGGAGUAUCCGAGAAAGUCCCGGGGGCCGCGGACCCCGAGGGUACGUUCCAUUAUAACCCUACAUCACUGUUGUUCUACCAAGAAACAACAGAUCCAAUGGCGGAUCCAAUUCAGCUCGCCAAUGCCGCAACCUCGGUUUCUCACAACUACUAUCCACCUACCAUACAUCUACCCCAGUAUGUGGACAAUGAAAGCUCUGCGAUUUCGAUAAUUAUUCAAUUUGGCUUUCUGUGGGCAGCCGUAUUGGGAAUAGCCUUGAUCAUCAUAUCUCGUGUGCGACCGACUGCCAGUCAAUCAGAUAAGCUUGCUUUUGUUUGGAUGUGCCUGACGGGAUUCAUCCAUCUCUUUUUCGAAGCAUAUUUUGUCAUAAACCACAAAACACUCGCAGGCUCCCAAGAGCUAUUCGGUCAGCUAUGGAAGGAGUAUUCUCUUUCUGACUCUCGUUACUUGACAUCCGAUCCCUUCCUCAUCUGUAUGGAAGCUGUUACCGCAUUCGCUUGGGGCCCUCUUGCCUUCUAUAUCGCAUAUUGCAUUGCAGUACAACAUCCCGCACGUUAUGUUCUGCAGCUUGUGAUUUCCGUGGGUCAGGUAUAUGGCGAUGUCCUUUACUAUGCGACGAGUCUGCUUGAAAUCUCGUAUUGUCGACCAGAAGGAUAUUACUUCUGGUUCUAUUACUUCUUCUUCAACUUCAUCUGGAUGCUGGUUGGUUGCUAUUAUGCGACGCAGAGCAUUACGGAAAUAACGAAGGCUUUCGCGAAGCUGCAAGGAUUUGGGAAGAGUCAGGAAAACUUCAAGACAGGCACUGUUCUUAAAAAAGGGGACUAA